AUGCUGCCCGCACAGAUGCAGCGACUCGACGGCGAUGAGGCCGACCGCGCGCGAUCUUCCAACACGUCGCCUCCCGUAGGCAACCUGCCGCCCAUUGCUUCCACCCUCUACCAGCGCGACCCUCCUCCGUCUGCCUCCAAAUACUACGACCCUACGUCAGACGCUGGCUAUCCGUCGGCAGGCCGGGCCAACGGUCGUCACGAAGCCCACUAUCCAGCUCAGUCUCGGGAACCUUACAACUACGGCGAUGCGCGACAAAGCAGCGCCUCAUAUCGCUCACCCGUAGCGACCAACUUCCCCCCACCUCUCACCCAAGCACCUUCACACUCGCAUACGCCGGGUCAUCUCGAGCACCUGCCACACUCGCCUUCAUCGCCGAAGCUAUACCACGACCACAACCGGAGCAUCAUGAACGGACCACCGCCGAUUGCGCAAGCGCGGAGGCCAUCAAUCGAGAUGUCGACGCCAGCUCGAGCAGAUCCAAUGUCGCUAUCUAGCAUCAUGUCCGGCUCCGAGCCCGCACCAGCUUCUACGCCAUCCUACCACGCCCCAGCACCUCCGCCACUGAAGCAAUACACUCCCGUUCCGAUCAAGUCUGAACACCCCACGCCUUUCCAUGCGCCGCUCAAUGGCACUGUCCCUCCACUUAGCCUUGGUCCCGAGCGGUCUGUGGUCAAUGGGGGCCAACAGAUUUUCGCACGGUCUAUGCCGACUGAGGAGGCGGAUCCGAAGGCCGUUGACGCUGAAUACAUGAAGCUUGAACACCUCGACAGCAGUGACUUGGAGGCCCCCGGAUAUGAGCAGGAUCACGAGGAAUAUCGUCUGAACACCCUGAAGCGUGCAAGGGAGGUCGACGAGGCCGAGGAGCACAAGCGCAAGCGCCGCCGAGACGUUCAGACUAAGAGAUACUGUGACAUCUUUGCGUCCCACGCCGCGACAGCCAAGGCCCACUACAAUGCUCAACACGAAAAUGAGGCAUGGCAGGAGGUACAGGCUCAGGAAAUCGCGGAAGAAAAGGAACGCAAGAAGGACAUGCAGCGCAAGCGUCGGCGUGAAAAGACUCUGCAGGUCGAGUUUCAAAAACGCGACGAGGCGUUGGCUAAGGCGGAGAUCACGGCCGACGAGGAAGAACGAAGGAGGCUCAUCCACGAGGCGGAGAAGGCAGAACUCAAGGCCAAGAACACCAACCGACUCCUACAGGGAGGCACACCCAGUGCGGAUAUUCGGGAGGUCACCCCACAUGCGCCUAAUUUCGAAGGCGGCACGAUGAGCACGUUCCAAAUGACGGAGGAUGCAGCCCGCGAUGCGCCAAAGAGGAGAGGCAGGCAAGGAGCCAGGCCGCGCAAGAGCAAGGAGCAGAAGCAGGCCGAGAAGGAUGCCGCGGCCGCAGCCCAACUUGCUCUGGACCGUGGAGACGAACUUCCGCUCAUUGCUCCGCGUGAAGAAGCCCGACUCGAGGCGCUCAAGAGGGAGCGUAGCUUUACUGAAGAAUCCAGUCCUCCGGCCCAGAUGAUGCCAGUGGGAGCCUAUGAGUCGAAAGAAUACAACAAGCUGUACGACGCUAUUUGGAAAGACCUGGCCAGGAAGGAUAUUCCGAAGGUCUGCCGUAUCAAGGACAACUCUCUCGCGACGAAGCAAUCCAACCUCCGAAAGACUGCUCAGUUGGCUUCGAAGGAAGCUCGCCGUUGGCAGCUUAGGACCAACAAGAGCAUGAAGGAUGUACAGGCCCGUGCAAAGAGGAGCAUGCGUGAGAUGUUGUCGUUCUGGAAGAGGAACGAGCGUGAUGAGCGCGAUCAGAGGAAGUUGGCCGAGAAGCAAGAGUUGGAGAAUGCCAAGAAGGCCGAAGCGGAGCGUGAAGCCAACAGGCAGAAGCGAAAGCUCAAUUUCUUGAUUUCUCAGACCGAACUCUACUCGCAUUUCAUUGGCAAGAAGGUCAAGACCGACGAAGUCGAACGCUCCACGGACGAUGUUGCAGUGUCGAAACAAACGCUCAAGCCCGCCGAGGAUGGCGCUCACGCGAUAGACCUACCCGAGAGCAAUGCCAAACUUGGCACGAAAGUCACGAAUUUCGAAGACCUGGAUUUCGAUGCCGAGGACGAGACUGUGCUGCAGCAGGCGGCUAUGGCCAACGCGCAAAACGCCGUCAAGGAAGCUCAGGACCGUGCCCGCGCCUUCAACGAAGGCCAAUCUGCACAGAGCCAGUUUGAUGAUUACGAAGAGAUGAACUUCCAGAACCCGACCAGUUUACAGAGUAUGGAUGUGCCGCAACCGAAGCUUUUGUCUUGCCAGUUGAAGGAAUACCAGCUCAAGGGUCUCAACUGGCUUGUCAAUUUGUACGAACAAGGCAUCAACGGUAUCUUGGCAGACGAAAUGGGUCUCGGUAAGACUGUACAGUCCAUUUCCGUCAUGGCCUACUUGGCUGAGACCCAUAACAUCUGGGGCCCCUUCUUGGUCAUCGCGCCUGCGUCAACCCUGCACAACUGGCAGCAGGAAAUCACCAAAUUCGUGCCGGAUCUCAAGGUCCUGCCUUACUGGGGUAACGCCAAGGAUCGCAAAGUCCUGCGUAAAUUCUGGGACAGGAAACACAUCACGUACAGGAAGGAAUCGCCUUUCCACGUGCUUGUUACCUCUUACCAGCUGGUCGUUCAGGAUGCCCAGUACUUCCAGAAGAUCCGGUGGCAAUACAUGAUCCUCGAUGAGGCUCAAGCUAUCAAGUCCUCCCAGAGUUCGAGAUGGAAGAGUCUGUUGGGCUUCCACUGCCGUAACCGUUUGCUUCUGACUGGUACUCCCAUCCAGAAUAACAUGCAGGAGUUGUGGGCCUUGCUGCAUUUCAUCAUGCCAAGUUUGUUCGAUUCGCACGACGAGUUCAGCGACUGGUUCUCGAAGGAUAUCGAAAGCCACGCUCAAAGCAACACGAAACUCAACGAAGACCAGCUCAAGCGUUUGCAUAUGAUACUUAAGCCAUUUAUGCUUCGACGUAUCAAGAAGCAUGUGCAAAAAGAGCUUGGAGACAAAAUCGAGAAGGACGUCUUCUGCGACCUCACCUACCGCCAGCGCGCAUACUACACUAACCUGCGCAAUAAGAUCAGCAUCAUGGAUCUCAUUGAGAAGGCUGCGGUUGGCGAUGAUCAGGAUACGGCCACGCUGAUGAACCUUGUAAUGCAGUUCAGGAAGGUCUGUAACCACCCGGAUCUCUUUGAGCGGGCAGAAACGCAUUCGCCUGUGGCUUUCUCUCACUUCGCCGAAACCGCCUCGUUUAUGCGCGAAGGUCAAAGUGUCGACGUAGCUUACUCUGUCCGCAACCUCAUCGAAUACCAAGUGCCGCGGUUGAUCGGUCGUGGAGAUGGACGUCUUGACGUUGCUGGCCCUGACAACGCGCACGCAGGCUGGAGAGGUAAAUACCUCUCUCACUUGAUGAACGUUUGGAGCCCAGACAACGUCCUUGAGAGCUCACGCGACGAUGGGGCGUUCUCUUUCCUUAGAUUUGUAGAUGCUUCGGCUGGUGAGGUCGCAUCUGCGGCUUGGGGGGACGUCUUCCAGCGUGCUGUUGAGAUCUCCCGGAAACCGCGCCGCCUCGGAAGAUUUAAAAUUUGCUACGAUGAGGAUGAUGCGUCGGCGUAUAAGCCCACUCAUGCGCUGUUCAACAUCGUCGAGCAGAACGAUCGUCGGCCACUUGCCGAGAUCACGCCCGAGGGAUGCAUGGCCAACCUGCUGAACGUCUCGAAGAAUGCUUUUGAGAACCUUGGGCUGGGAUCGAUCGAGGCUUCUGCCAAGCCUGCCGUGUCGGCGCCGCCAAUCGAGCUGCACUACUCUGGUCAAGGCACGCUCUUGGAGCGCGAGAGGUAUAUGUUCAACGGACGGAUGCGGACUGCUCUAUAUGACAUUUCCGAGAACACCGAGCAGGCCCUGCUGGACCAAAAGGUGGACCCUGCCGAUUUCCCAUCCACCAACAUGCUUCCUCCGCCGGCAAUGUCGAAGUCGCGGUACACGCACAUUACGGUACCGUCGAUGCAGCGCUUCGUCACCGACUCGGGCAAGCUCGCGAUGCUGGACCGUCUGCUCAAGAGGCUAAAGGAGGAAGGCCACCGUGUCUUACUGUACUUCCAGAUGACGCGCAUGAUCGACCUGAUGGAGGAGUACUUGACGUAUCGCAACUACAAGUACUGCCGGCUCGACGGCUCCACCAAACUCGAAGACCGUCGCGACACGGUCGCCGAUUUCCAAACGCGGCCGGAGAUUUUCGUCUUCCUGCUGUCUACGCGCGCCGGUGGUCUCGGUAUCAACCUGACCAGCGCCGACACGGUCAUCUUCUACGACUCGGACUGGAACCCGACCAUCGACUCGCAGGCCAUGGAUCGCGCGCAUCGUCUGGGCCAGACUCGGCAAGUGACGGUGUACCGGCUGAUUACACGCGGCACGAUCGAGGAGCGGAUCCGCAAGCGCGCGCUGCAGAAGGAGGAGGUGCAGCGCGUCGUCAUCAGCGGCGGCGCGGGCGCCCAGGUCGACUUCAACACGCGCAGCCGCGAGAACCGCACCAAGGACAUUGCCAUGUGGCUGGCGGAUGACGAUCAGGCCAAGAUGAUUGAGGAGAAGGAAGCGGAGAUGGCGGCGGCCGAGGCGGCGGCCAGCGCGCAGGCCGGCGGCAAGCGGAAGAGGGCUGCGGCGGCGAAGAAGGCCCGCGAGGUCAAUAUGGAUGACAUGUACCAUGAAGGCGAAGGACACUUUGACGAUGGCAGCGCGAAGCCGUCCGGGGCGGCGACGCCCGUGUCGGAGGCGCCGGCUAAGGGGAAGCGGAAGGGGGUUAGCAAGAAGGCGAAGACGCUGAAGCAGCGCUUGGCGAUUGCGGAUGGCAGUGGGGAUGUGCAUGGGUGA